AUGUCGUUUAGAUCUGCAAUCAUAGAGGAGGAGGAAACCUCCCAAGAAUCAGGCCAAACAGAAGAGACAGAAUUUAAAAAUCACCUGCCCGACAAUUGUGUGGAAUACCUACUUUUCUAUCUGGAUCCUCAACUCGAUGCCAGAAAGCAACUGUCACAGAUCGAGAACAUUCGAAAGUCAGCAAUAGACCUUGCCAACACCCUCACAAAAGACUAUAUAUGGCAAAAAGAUGAGUUUAAUCUUGCACUAAAAAACGAAUCAGGCCUAUUGCAUCUCCAUGGCAUCACCGAUUAUAGCGAUGCCGUAGAGGAUGAAUGGUUGAUUGUAUACAUCCUUCGGGAACUAUCCAAGUCUCACCCUAAUCUCUGGAUUAGGGUGUUUGACACGGAUGGUGAGUUCCUGCUCGUCGAAGCUGCAAAUGUGCUUCCAAGAUGGUUGAACCCAGAGAUCGAUAACAACCGAACUUGGAUUAAUACGGGCCAUCUCCUACUCGUUCCAGUGAAAGACGAAGACGGCCUCAAAACCCGCAAUCUUGAGCUUCCAGAAGCAGUUGAAAUCAUCAGAGCAAAACGCGAAGCCCUUGUACACUCGGGGUUUGUUGAAGCCGAGGCCUUCUAUCGACUAGAAAAGUAUCCGGCACAAAUCGGCGAAUCUAUCCAUCAUUCACUCGUUACUAUACCAAGGAAACUAGCAUGUGUUCUACAUUCGCUUCCUAAAUCAGUUGCACCGGCCGUCGAAACAUUCUAUCUUCGAGACCCCAUUGCUUUGAAACGUGUCAUCUCACCAUCAGGACCGCCAGUGUUUCCACCUCAGGACCUUAUCACGACAUCUGCUCGGUUCAGUAAAGUACUUUUCGCCCAGCUGCGAUCUCAGAGAUUCGAUACUCCACCUAGCUGGGCUGAUGUGCUCCGCAAGGCGCAAAAAGAGGUGCCCUCGGGCGAGUCGGACAAGGUCAUGGCGAGAUUGGACAUCGGAAUGAAACUCACAUGUGGAUUCGAAAUGCUGGCCGCAAAGGCCGACAAGAGUAAAAACAGAGCCGUACGCGAGCUUGCUAUCGUCAUUGAGGACCUCGAGGAGGACGGUAUUGAUGCUCUACCUUCGGACGAAGAGAUCAAGUCAUGGAAGGAUGCCGAGCGGGACGACAGCGAAGCCUGGAUGGAUAUUGACUACCAAGAGUUCGAACGGGAACUGGAUGGGAAGAGAGGAAACAACGCCUCCGAUGCAAAGACGGGGUUUGGAGACGCGAACACGCAAUCUGAUCUUCGAAAAAUCGUCUCCCGCUUCGAGGCGUUUCUCAACGACGACAGUGCUGGAAUGGACGGCGCAGAACUUGACGAAAUGGACUAUGACGAUGAGGAGGAUGACGAAUUCGACGAUGAUAGUGAGUCUGAGGAUAAGGAGGUCAGUUUUGACGAAGAAGAGUUCGCAAAAAUGAUGAGAGAAAUGAUGGGCCUACCAUCUACAGACUCGAACAACAACACGCCCAAGAAAACCAAGCACAAACCUGAACCACCAGUAAUGGAUGAAGAGGACGAAGAAAUCCAAAAGCUCACCACAGAGUUCGAAGCUGAGCUGAACGAACACGGUGCUCUCAAGCUCGACCCUGCUGCAGAGAAACAGCCUCGUCUAAAGAACACAAGCCAAAAAGAAGGAGAAACCAGCUUGCCAAAUAUAGAAGAAGAAGGUGGAGAGGAUAGCGAGGACGAAGUCGAUAUCGAUUACAACCUGGCAAAGAACCUACUAGAGAGCUUCAAGAGCCAGGGUGGUAUGGCUGGGCCAACGGGUAAUUUGCUAGGUAUGAUGGGCUUCCAACUCCCACGAGACGAAGAUGAAGAGAACGACAUGGAUGAUGACGAUGAGGCUGGUGGCAGUUCAUCAAAGGGGAAGAGAAAAGCAAAAGCGUGA